AUGUCUCCACCACGGGAGUCAUACCGCCUGACAAUGGACAUGGAGAAUGUCGACAAUACAGACUGCCGCAUAGCAGACUUCCGGCGCAACCUCCAGACCUAUGAGGAAAUGUCUCACCAGACUAGAAGUUCCGACCCUGACUCUGGCUAUCGCACCGCGACCCCUGAGCCAGCCGCCUUCGUUGCAGACCCAGAAUCUCCACACCUAGCUCCCAGUCCACGUCUGCAUCCAAACAUCACCACGCGUGCCCGCAGCCGCAAUCAUCGCCGUCUCAGCGAUCUCUUCGGCAUCUCUCAUCGUGGCCGUCACACUCCAACACCGACCUUUGAUCAGGACAACAAACCCAAAAUCUCAAGACCCAUCGUCGAUCAAGGAGAGAUUGAAGUUCCCAACAAUGGACCGUACAUCUACAAUCACCCCAGUCGACCUCGUCUUGAUGUUGAGAUUCCCAGAAGCAGUUUCAGCGAUCUUUGGGGACAGAGAUAUGGACCUAUUGGUGACACGGGCUAUGAUGUUGACCAUGUCCAACGCGAUGUCAGAAACACUCAGAGUGUGGACUUUGGACGUCUCGUUGGUGGCAGAGAAAAUCACAGACACGAUACCAGAAGAUAUGGUGUCAGUCUUGGUGGUAUCGCUGAUUGGAGCGCUUUCGUCACAGCCAAUGGUACCACUGGAUCGACAAGGGGUUCUGCACAUGGUGAAGCAGUACAAGACGAUGAUAUGGAUGCGUCAUAUCUGGCACCACUGGUCUCUCCUACUCUCGAAUCAUCUGCAUCGUCUGUCACUACAGCAUCAGCCUCGCUCCCUUCCCUCUCAAACUUGCCUCCUCUGCCACUUUCAACCUCCAACCUGCCAGCCCUACCGCCCUCAAAUGUGGCCCUGGACGAAGAGCACAACCGCACACCUGAGCCCGAAGCAGAACGCACACGCUCGCCCUCUCCUGUAGCUCGCGAACCAAGUGAACGCUGGGUACGUUUCCCCUCUCCCUCUCUUCCUCUACCUUCACUCACCAUCUUACAGAUCCGUCACCCUCUCCGCCAGAACCCACCGACUCACCACCUACCCUUCGAGCCUCCACCCCCACCCCCCUCCUCACCAAUUCACUUCCCAACCACUCCGUCUCCUAUGCCUGAUCCCUGGACCAUUGUUCUCCCGCACUUUCGUCCUUCUUGCGGCGUCGUGAUUGCCAAUAUCGGAUCUACAGCCAUGGUGCAGCCAUUCAUCGUCGCCCCCGGUUAUGACGAUCACAUGGACUUCGAGAGCGGUAGUGAAGAAGAGAGUAUCGUGCAAGUGAGAGAGGACACGCCUUCGCCUUUGCCUGUACAGAGAAGACUGUUUGUUGAUGGUGAUGGUGCUGCUACUUCCCCUGCACCUUCUGCUUCAUCCCAACCUCGUCAUAGAGGAAGUGGUGUUCUGAGAUCUCUCUGCUGUGGUUUAUUCCAUCGUCGCCGCUCAAGUUCUCACAACACUAUAAACACCACUUCCACUUCUACCUCUACUCAGCCUUUCGCUUCCUUGCGCCAGCGUCCUGCACCCACAUCGCAUACCACUUUUCCUGAGCUCAACGAGCAAAGACGCAGCGUGAUCGACAGCGACGAAGAACCAGACAACGAUCAAGAAAACCAGCCUCCCACCAUCAUCGGAACUUUGGUCGAGGCAAUCAAUGAACACAAUGAGCAGGGAGAGCAAGAGGCGGAUGAAGCAGAAGAAGGUGUAAGAAGAAGACCUUCUGUGCGUCACAGUUGGGUUACCGUGUCUAGAUGGUUGGAGUAG